AUGAUUUUCAAGUCAUUGAAUCCAGAUAUCUCCGUCCCGGAGGACUUGACACUGUGGGAUUGGCUUUUCGAGUCAUCCACAUCUCCACUCCGUGGUCACGCUCCGUCCAAACUCGCCGGAUUCACGAAUGCCGCGACAAAAGAGCGGGUGAGGUACGACGAGGUGAAAAGCCACGCUACCCAUAUCUCGACUGCCUUGGUCCAUAAAUUCGGGUUAUCUGCGGGGGACACGGUCGCCCUUUUCAGUCCAAACUCAGUAUGGUAUCCCAUUGCCAUGUUUGCGACCAAUCGAAUCGAUUAUGAAGGCGGAGUCAUUUCGGGCGCAUCGCCUGCAUAUAAUGUCGAAGAGAUGACAUAUGCGCUCAAGACCGCACAGGCAAAAGUUCUCAUGACCGCAACUUCAUCGCUGCCCGUCGCUGUUCCGGCCGCACAGAAUGCAGGAAUCUCAAAGGACCGCAUAAUCCUUCUGGAGGGACAAGCUGAGGGGUUUUCGACGAUCAAAGAUCUUCUUCGUCUGGGAAGGGAGGCUGGCACCAACCAGGUCGCCCCCUUCCGAAUUCCUGUCGGCAAGACGAAUAAAGAUGUUUGUGGAUUUCUGAGUUUCAGCAGUGGAACUACUGGUCUGCCCAAGGCUGUCAUGAUUGCUCAUUCCAACGUGAUCGCCCAAUCACUUCAAGUCGCGCAAAUCACAUCUGAGGACCAUACUAAAGUCUUGGCCGUUCUUCCACUUUUCCACAUCACCGGUCUCGUGCAUCAGAUGCAUUUACCCGUCUUCCGCAACGCAGAAGUCUACAUGCUUCCCGCAUUCUCCAUGAAGAGCAUGCUCAGCACGAUCGUCGAGUAUCGAAUCACCGAGAUCCUUCUCGUACCUCCCAUCCUGAUCCGCCUCCUCCGUGACCCGAUCGUGCAGAACUACGAUCUGUCCCAUGUACAGAAAUUCUCUUCGGGCGCAGCACCAUUAUCGGCAGAGGUCAUCCAAGCACUGAGUCGUCGUUUCCCUCGGACAGGCUUUAAACAGGGCUACGGCAUGACCGAGUCAUGCAGCUGCAUCACUGCUCAUCCUUUAGAUAAAGCCACUUAUGAAUACGCCCAUCGCGUCGGAACCAUCGUCGCAAACACCGAGGUAAAGAUCAUCGACCCUGACACGGGCAAAGAACUCGGCUCCAACGAACAAGGAGAAAUCCUCGCACGGGGCCCUCAAGUCGUGAUGGGAUAUUUGAACAACGAAAAGGCCACGCGAGAAGCCUUCGACGCAGACAAUUGGCUUCACACAGGAGACGUCGGGUUCAUCGACGACGAAGGCUUCAUCACCAUCACGGACCGAAUCAAAGAAAUGAUCAAAGUCAAGGGCAUCGCCGUCGCCCCCGCCGAGCUCGAAGACCUUUUACUCGGGCACCCCAUGGUGGAGGAUGUGGCCGUGGGUGCAAUUUCGGAUGAUUAUACCGGCCAACGUCCGAAGGCGUACGUAGUGCUGAAGCCCAGCGCCCGACAGGGAAAGAGCAAGUCUCAGGUGUUGCCGUUGUUGGACGAGAUCAUUGAAUAUGUGCGUCAGAAUAAGGUCCGUCACAAGUGGGUGACGGAAGUCGAAAUGUUGGAGGAAAUUCCCAAGAGUGCCAGCGGGAAAAUACUCCGUCGGACGCUGCGCGAGCUGGAGAAGACGCCCCGCACCGAAGAGCGCUUCAUCGCGACGCGUGAGGAAGUGCGCUCAAAGCUAUAA